AUGAAGGUGAUCCUUCUUGUACUUGUGUGUGUUGGUGUAGUUACAUCAAAGCCCGCUGGUGGUGAAGAUGACGUCAUCGGGUCUGUCAUCGGAGUGGUGAAAAAUUGUGCCGAGGAAGAUGUAUCGUUGUGUCUCAAGGAAAGAGCACUCAAGUACGCAGAGAAUUUAGCUGCGGCGAGGGAAGUCGACAUUGCUGAUGGCAUCAGUCUCAUAGGAACUGGCUCUUCGAGGUCCGCAAGGUCCUUUGAACCUUUGUCCGACGAGCCAAAAGCAAGGGAGAACCAAGUGGAAACCCGGCUUCUGGACACAGCCCUAGAUUUCUUCGAGAACCAUGUCAUUCAACUGAGAGUGCCGAAAGGCGCGGUCGAAGAUGUCAGGAGAUCGCUUGAGGAAGGUCGUGGAAAGAAGAAGAAGCUUAAGCAGCUGCUCCCAAUCUUCGCCCUUCUCCAAUUGAAGAUCCAGUCCCUGAUCCCUCUCUUCCUCGGUAUCAUCGCUUUUGCUGCAGUCAAGGGCCUGAUGCUGGCCAAGGCAGCUCUUCUUGCCUCUGCCUUAUUGCUGCUGAAGAAACUGCUCUCUAAACAGGAGCACCACGAAAGCUAUGAAGUCGUGGCCCAUCCACACCACGAUGAACACUUCAGCCAUGGUGGUGGCCACGGAGGAUGGGGCCGGUCGUCUCAAGAUGCUCAGAGCCUCGCGUAUAGUGCCUACACCAAUUAA